AUGAGGCAACCUCUGGAGCAAAGGGACAAAAGCAAAAAUUGUGCCUACCACAGAGAUUAUGGGCAUAUAACCAAUGAUUGCAGAUCCCUCAGGCGACAGGUGGAGAAUAUGAUAACCAGAGGAGAUUUGGCAAACUACCUUGCACCAAAAGAGCAGGCAAGGCCGAGGGAAGUCAAUCCUCGGAAAGUAGAAGGAACCCAAGUAAAGGUUAUUCAUGCGAUACAUGGGAGGUCAGAAGACGAUCAUAAGUCAGAAGAGGUAUAUCGAUCCAGACUAAGGAUAACCCACAAGCUAAGGAAGUUGUCCUCGGUAAAUACGAUCGCUUCAGGUAGUAUCAGUAUUAGGUUCAGUGAUAGAGAUUUAUCCAGAGUUCAGCUUCCCUACGAGGAUCCGCUAGUUAUCAGUCCUCUAGUGGCAAAUUGUGAUGGCCCAAGUAGCAGCGCCAAUAUUAUCACAAAGGCGGUCUUUGAGCAACUGGAGAUCCCGUCAUCAUCAAUUCGGUCUACCUCUAGUCUUUUGAUGGGGUUCGAUGUUACAAAGGUAGACCCCCUUGGGGUGAUUGAUUUGUCCGUCACUACGGCAAAAAGGACAUUGAAGGAAAACUUUAUUCUAACAGAAAUCCAUCCUUCCUACAAUCUCAUUAUGGGAAGAGGUUGGAUCCACCGAAUGAACGGGGUCCCGUUUACCCUUCAUCAGGUGAUGCGAUGUUUGUCUUCGAACGGAAAGAAGGUUAUUAAUCUAUGGGGAGAUCAGGUCGUUGCCUUAGAAUGCUACAUGUUGACACUGAAUGAAGCAAAGAAGAUAAGUAAGCAGUCCAAAUAG